CACUAUCCACCUACUCCAUUUUAUUUUCGUUAGAAUUUGAUUAAAACGAACGGAUAAUGAAAUUAUUUUGAUUAAUCUUUACUUACAUAAACAAAUUCCACCUCUACACAGACCAUACGAACCCCUUCCAGUGAAAUUACACGCGUUCAGAUUAGUUCCCACCAAGAAUUACUCUCCACGAUCCGACACACGUGACACAAAUCCAAAUAUUUGAACGAUCGAAAUACGAAAAUAAAUUAAAUUCUCACAUAAUAACAUCAAGAAGUUGAAAUAAUGGGGUAAAAAAAAAGAUUAUGAAUUCUGAAAAUAAAAAAGAUUUCAAACGAAAAUGGCGGUGUACAUAAUAGCGGUGAAAGCGGUUCCGGCGAUGAAAGCUUUGUUGGAGAAAGCGGCACUUGGGGCAGCUGCUUCAUCUGAAGGUCCUGGAGCAAGACUGCCAGGGCUCAAUGCUGGACCUUCAGGCGCUGGUGGAGAUGCGGUGGGGACAUCAGAAGGAGAAGGAGCUGCUGAUGGUGGAGUAGUGGCGGGUGCUGGAGUAGCGGCUGGUGGUGGAGUGGUUGCUGGGGCUGGGGUUGCGGCUGGUGGUGGGGUGGCCACUGGUGGAGGAGUAGCUACGGGAGGAGGGGUGGCGACAGCAGGUGGUGUUGCGGCAGGAGGAGUGAUGGUUGGUGUAGGGGCCGGGGCUUGAGCAAGUGCUGACGUAGCGAAGAUAGCCAUUAUCAAGAAAACUUGGACCAUUUUGGAAACCAUCUCUUACUCUUCUUGAAAAUGCUACUUGUUUUGGUUUUAGAGUGAGAGAGAUUAUCAGAUUGUUAGAGAGUUGUGAAGUGUGAAGAAUACGGGAGAGAUGUAUAAAAAGGGGAGGAGGAAAUUAAGAAUUCAAUUAGUUAAAUUGAGAUUCCUAAAAAUCUUUAAUGUAUUAAAAACAAAACCUG